AUGAGCCUAGAAGCCGUCGCUGACCACCGCCUCUGGAUCUGGCAUACCUACUUUGGUGUAGCCGGGUCGAACAACGACAUCAACGUCCUCAACUCAUCCACCCUAUUCGCCGAUCAGUGCAGGGGUCGCGGUCCGGCCGUUCAGUUCACUGCCAACGGCCGCACACAUCAUAUGGGGUACUACUUGGCCGAUGGCAUAUACCCAAGGUGGCCUGUUUUUUUGAAGACGAUCAGCUGCCCAAUUGGUGAGAGGAGAGUCUUGUUUGCGGCAAAGCAGGAGUCCGGGCGGAAGGAUGUGGAGCGGGCUUUUGGGGUGCUCCAAUCGCGGUGGGCAAUCGUGAAAGUCGAACAAGAACGUGGACAUGUCACCGAUUGGGUGGAUGAUGAAGCCGGAUCUAGCUCCAGCACGGCGACCUCGCUUGUCACUCGAGGAUUACCAACUGGCUUCGGUGCGGUUCUACAGCGACAGGCCUCAAUGCGCAACCAACAAGACCAUACUCAGCUCAUGACCGACAUGAUUGAAGAAGUUUGGAACCGCAACCGCCGCCGUUGA